GAGCCCAACCUGUAAGUGGCGCUCUCAAAACGAAGAAGAAACGUCAUUUCCGUAAACAGAAAUGACCUGAACUGUUGCCGCUGCAUGCCGCGUUUAUAAUUAAAACUGUGCUUUUUUACAUUUAUCCAUUUUGAAUAUUUACAAUGUCUGAGACUGAAGUUUCCACCACGGACCCCCCUAAGCGAACCAAUGACAGCAGUUGUCCGGAUACAGACGCGAGGAGCCGGGUGUUGAAGGAGGUAGGAUUCACCAGCACCGCCUUCAUUGGUCCAGCAUUUCCUCCUCCAUCAUCUACAGCCAAGUGUGAUAUUGAAGACUCUCUGAAUGAGUUUUAUAAGGAGCUGGAGAAGACGGAUGUACCUGAUGGAGAGGCUGGAAGUCAGGCAAAAAUCCCUCCUGAAGUACCCACCUUCAAGGAGUCUCAAGAAAAACACGUUAACUCCACAGAUUCUACAGAAAUGGAUGGCUACCUGAAGAACAGCCGACACUCACAAAAACCCAGACUUCACUGGUAUGGAAAUGAACCGUACCAGCGGUCAAGAGAGAGGCCAGAGAUGAGAGGCGUUUCCUCCACUGACCAAAAUCUGUGGCAUUACCCUCACCCACCAGACGCCCCACGUCAUCUCCCCAUGUCUCACAGGCCACCUUUCCCCGAUCACACCAAACAACCAGAAGCCUUUCAUCGGUCAAAUAACCCGUCCUACGUCAGCCUUACCUCAGAUGGUCCGUAUAUGAUGAGCCACCAUCCAAACAAGCUUCAUUUCCCUCCCUUUUCCAACGUUCCACCUCCCAAUGUUUGCCCCCAUCCCUCCCAAGGAUUUCAUUUAGACUGUUAUCGCUCACAUCCAGAAGUUGAUGAGAAUAGGCAAGAGUGGUCAACGUAUGAUUCAGAAAACGAAGAGUGGGAACGACGGCAUUCCUCCCCACCCCACAGCGAUGCUCACAGGCCUCUCCUGGUGCUGAUUUUAAUGAGAGGAUUACCAGGAUCUGGGAAAUCAACAAUGGCCAGAGAGCUGCUCUCCAGUGGUCCCAGUGGGAUCAUUCUGAGCACAGACGAUUACUUUGCUCAAAAAAACAACUACCGCUACGACCCACAACUUCUUGGAGCGGCGCAUGAGUGGAACCACAGCAGAGCAAGAGAUGCCUUGUGCGACGGCAGGUCUCCCGUCAUUAUUGAUAACACAAACCUUGAAGCCUGGGAAAUGAAGCCGUAUGUCAAAAUGAAGGAUACAAAGUGGACUUCUGUGAACCCGACACAAGCUGGAAGUUUGACCCGUACGAGCUGGAGAAGCGGAACAAGCAUGGAGUUAAUCGGGAGAAGAUUGCUCAGAUGAUGGAUCGUUUUUGCUUUCCCAUAUCCAUAGACAUUGUUAUGAAUUCACAAGAACCUCCUCAUGUUCUGCAGAGACGCCCACCAGAGCAGAUGAGGAGGAGAAGAUGAGAUUUCAGUUCUAAUCUUCAGGGAUUUGUCAGCAAAUAAUUUUACUUGAGGACCAAUUUUUUAUCACAAUAAAAAUGACCCUGUUUAUUUUUUUAACAGGAUAUUGAAUCUA